AUGGCUCUGAGCCUCUGGCCUCUACUACUGUUGCUGCUGUCCUGUGCAGUGAUGCUGGCCCCUAUGGGGUCUCGGUCCCUGGACCCUGGUCUCUCCCUCCUGAAGUCAUUACUCUCUGCUCUGGAUCGGGCUCCCCAGGUCUCCCUCAGCCGCUCACAGUUUUCUGCAUUCUUGGCCAACAUUUCUACUUCCUUUGAGCUUGGGAGAAUGGGGGAGGGGCCAGUGGGAGAACCCCCACCUCUGCAGCCCCCUGCCCUCCGGCUCCAUGAUUUCCUAGUGACACUGAGAGGCAGCCGGGACUGGGAGCCAAUGCUGGGGCUGCUGGGGGAUAUACUGGCAUUGCUGGGACAGGAGCAGACUCCUCGGGACUUCCUGGGGCACCAGGCAGGUGUGCUAGGUGGACUUGCAGAAGUGCUCCUGGGAGCCUUAGUUCCUGGAGGGCCCCCUGCCCCUACCCGGCCCCCAUGCACCCGUGAUGGGCCCUCCGACUGCGUCCUGGCUGCUGACUGGUUGCCUUCUCUGCUGCUGUUGUUAGAGGGUACACGCUGGCAGACCCUGGUGCAGGUGCAGCCCACUGUGGUCCUGACCAAUGCCACAGACCUCAAUGGGAGGGAGCCAGCCCCUCACUUUUUGCAGGGCCUGUUGGGCUUACUCACCCCGACAGAGGAGCUGGGCUCUGAGGAGGCUCUUUGGGGAGGUCUGCUACGCACAGUGGGGGCCCCCCUCUACGCUGCCUUCCAGGAGGGACUGCUCCGUGUUACUCGCUCUCUGCAGGACGAGGUGUUUUCCAUUCUGGGACUACCAGAACCUGAUGCCAAUGGGCAGUGCCAGGGAGGUAACCUUCAGCAGCUGCUCCUGUGGGGCGUCCGGCACAACCUCUCUUGGGAUGUCCAGGCACUGGGCUUUCUGUCUGGAUCGCCACCCCCACCCCCUGCCCUCCUCUACUGCAUGAGCACAGGUGUGCCUCUGCCCAGGACUUCCCAGCCUGCAGCCCACAUCAGCCCUCGCCAACGGCGAGCCAUCUCUGUGGAGGCCCUCUGCGAGAACCACUCAGACCUAGCACCACCCUACAGCGUUUCCAACUUCUCCAUCCACUUGCUCUGCCAGCACGCCAAGCCUGCCACCCCACAGCCCCCUCCCAGCACCACUGCCAUCUGCCAGACAGCUGUGUGGUAUGCUGUGUCAUGGGCUCCAGGUGCCCAGGGCUGGCUGCAGGCGUGCCACGACCAGUCUCCUGAUCAGUUCCUUGAGGCAAUCUGUAGCAACCUCUCCUUUUCAGCCCUGUCUGGCCCAAACCGCCGCCUGGUAAAGCGGCUUUGUGCCGGCCUACUCCCACCCCCCACAAGCUGCCCUGAAGGUCUGCCCCCUGUUCCCCUCACCCCAGACAUCUUCUGGGGUUGCUUCUUAGAGAACGAGACUCUGUGGGCCGAGCGGCUGUGUGCGGAGGCAAGUCUGCAGGCUGUGCCCCCCAGCAACCAGAUUUGGGUUCAGCAUGUGUGCCAGGGCCCCACUCCAGAUAUCACUGACUUCCCACCCUGCCACAUUGGACCCUGUGGGGAGCGCUGCCCAGAUGGGGGCAGCUUCCUGGUGAUGGUCUGUGCCAAUGACACUAUGUACGAGGCCCUGGUGCCCUUCUGGCCUUGGCUAGCAGGCCAGUGCAGAAUAAGUCGUGGAGGCAAUGACACUUGCUUCCUAGACGGGCUUCUGGGCCCCCUCUUGCCCUCUCUGCCAGCACUGGGACCAUCCCCACUCUGCCUGGCUCCUGGCCCCUUCCUGCUUGGCAUGCUGUCCCAGUUGCCACGCUGUCAGUCCUCUGUGCCAGCCCUUGCCCACCCCGCACGCCUUCACUAUCUGCUGCGCCUGCUGACCUUCCUCCUGGGCCCAGGGGCCGGCGGGGCUGAGGCCCAGGGGCUGCUGGGCCAGGCCUUGCUGCUCUCCAGUCUCCCGGACAACUGCUCCUUCUGGGACACCUUCCGGCCAGAGGGCCGGCACAGCGUGCUGCGGACAGUCGGGGAGUACCUGGAGCAGGAGGAGCAGACCCCACCGGGCUUUGACCCUUCUGUCAGCGCCGGCUCUGGACUGAGCAAGACAGAGCUGCUGGCCUGCUUCAGCCCCGUGUUGUGGGAUCUGCUCCAGAGGGAGAAGAGUGUUUGGGCCCUGCAGAUUCUAGUGCAGGAGUACCUGCACAUGCCCCCAGAAAAUCUCCAGCAGCUGGUGCUCUCAGCAGAGAGGGAGGCCGCUCAGAGCUUCCUGACACUCAUGCACCGUUCCUGGGCCCAGCUACAGGUACGACCAUCAGAGGAGCAGGCUGUGGGUCGCCUGACAGCCCUGCUGCUUCAGCGGUACCCACGCCUCACUUCCCAGCUCUUCAUCGACUUGUCUCCGCUCAUCCCCUUCUUGGCUGUCUCGGACUUGAUGCGCUUCCCACCAUCCCUGUUGGCCAACGACACCGUCCUGGCUGCUAUCCGGAACUACAGCCCAGGAAUGAGGCCUGAACAGAAGGAGGCUUUGGCAAAGCGACUGCUGGCCCCCGAGCUGUUUGGGGAAGUGCCUGCCUGGUCCCAGGAGCUGCUGUGGGCAGUUGUGCCCCUGCUCCCCCAUCUCCCCUUGGAGAACUUUCUGCAGCUCAGCCCUCACCAGAUCCAGGCCCUGGAGGAUAGCUGGCCAGGGGCAGGUCUUGGGCCAGGGCAAGCCCGACAUGUGCUACGCAGCCUGGUGAACCAGAGUGUCCAGGAUGGGGAGGAGCAGGUGCGCAGGCUGGGGUCCCUCGUCUGUUUCCUGAGCCCGGAGGAGCUGCAGAGCCUGGUACCCUUGAAUGACCCGAUGGGGCCAGUAGAACGGGGGCUGCUGGAAUGUGCAGCUAACGGGACCCUCAGCCCACAAGGACGGGUGGCGUAUGAACUCCUGGCGGUGUUGCGCUCAGCUGGAGGAACUGUGCUGAGCCCCCGGGAGCUGCGGGUCUGGGCCCCUCUCUUUCCUCAGCUGGGCCUCCGAUUCCUGCAGGAGCUGUCAGAGCCCCAGCUCAGAGCCAUGCUUCCUGCCCUGCAGGGAACCAGUGUCACACCUGCCCAGGCUGUCCUGCUGCUUGGACGGCUCCUCCCAAGGCAUGAUCUGUCCCUGGAGGAACUCUGCUCCCUACACCCUCUGCUGCCAGGCCUCAGCCCCCAGACACUCCAGGCCAUCCCGAGGCGAGUUUUGGUUGCGGCCUGUCCCUGCCUGGCCCCUGAACUGUCACGUCUUUCAGCCUGCCAGACCGCAGCACUGCUGCACAGCUUUCGGGUGAAAGAUGGCGUUAAAAAUACGGGUACAGCAGGUGGCGGUGCAGCUGUGUGCAUCCCUGGUCGGCCCAGCCCUACCACCUGGCCAGAUUGCCUGCUUCCCCUGCUCCCGUUAAAGCUGCUACAGCUGGACUCCGUGGCUCUUCUGGCUGACCGAAGGCACUCCCGGGAGCUGCUCUGGUCCGAGCAGCAGGCACAGUUUCUCUGGAAGAAGAUGCAAGUGCCCAGCAACCUGACCCUGAGGAAUCUGCAGGCUCUAGGCACCCUGGCAGGGGGCAUGUCCUGUGAGUUUCUACAGCAGAUCAGCUCAAUGGCCGACUUCAUUCAAGUGAUGCACAUGAUCUAUCAGCUGCCCACCGGUGUGCGAGGGAGCUUGAGACUCUGUAUCUGGGAGGAGCUACAGCGGAGGAUGACAAUGCCAGAGCCAGAGCUGGCAACCCUGGGGCCAGAGCUGAGCGAGCUGGACACCAAGCUACUCCUGGACUUACCGAUCCGCCUGAUGGACAGAUUGUCCAAUGAAUCCAUUAUGUUGGUGGUGGAGCUGGUACGAGGAGCUCCAGAGCAGCUGCUGGCAUUGACCCCACCUCACAGAGCAGCCCUGGCGGAGAGGGCACUACAAAACCUGGCUCCAAAAGAGGCCCCAGUCUCAAGGGAAGUGCUGGAGGCAUUGGGCCCCUUGGUUGGAUUCCUGGGGAUAGAGAGCACACGACGGAUCCCCCUACAGACCCUGCUCUCCUAUCUCAGUCAGCUGCAGGACUACUGCCUGGGAGAGCCAUUUGCUACAGAGCUGGGAUGGCUGCUGUUGCAGGAGCCUCUUCUUGGGAAGCCACAGUUGUGGAGCCAGGAUGAAGUAGAACAAGCUGGACGCCUACUAUUCACUCUGUCUACUGAGGCUAUUUCCUUGAUCCCCAGGGAGAUCUUGAGCCCAGAGACCCUGGAGCGGCUUCUAGAGAGGCAGCAGAGCUGGGAGCAGAGCAAAGCUGGACAGCUUUGUGGGGGGCCACAGCUGGUUCCCAAGAAAGCAGCCCUGGUAUCUGGGGUCGUGCAUCCUGCUGCCGAGGAUCUCCCAGAACCUGUGCCAGAUUGUGCAGAUAUACGGGGGACAUUCCCAGCAGCCUGGUCUGCAGCCCAGAUUUCACAAAUGGAGCUCUCCGACUUUGAGGACUGCCUGGCACUCUUUGCAGGAGACCCAGGGCUUGGGCCUGAGGAACUGCGGGCAGCCAUGGGCAAGGCAAAGCAGUUGUGGGGUCCCCCUCAAGGAUUCCGUCCUGAGCAGAUCCUGCAGCUGGGUCGGCUCUUAAUAGGACUAGGAGAGCGGGAGCUACAGGAGCUGCUCCUGGUGGACUGGGGAGUGCUGAGCACCCUGGGCCAGAUAGAUGGCUGGAGCUCUGUCCAGCGCCGGAUUGUGGUCUCCAGCUUCCUGCGGCAGAGUGGCCGGCACGUGAGCCACCUGGACUUCAUUCACUUGACAGCACUGGGUUACACGCUCUGUGGACUGCGGCCAGAGGAGCUACAGCACAUCAGCAGUUGGGAGUUUAGCCAAGCAGCCCUCUUCCUGGGCAACCUGCCUCUCCAGUGCUCUGAGGAGCAGCUAGAGGUUCUGGCCCAGCUCCUUGUGCUGCCUGGUGGCUUUGGUCCCGUCAGUAACUGGGGGCCUGAGAUCUUCACUGAAGUUGGCACAAUAGCAGCUGGGAUCCCAGACCUUGCUCUUUCAGCACUGCUGCGGGGACAGAUCCAGGGCCUUACCCCACUCGCCAUUUCUGUCAUCCCUGCUCCUAAAUUUGCGGUGGUGUUCAGCCCCACCCAGCUGUCUAGUCUCACCAGUGUUCAGGCUGUGGCUGUCACUCCUGAGCAAAUGGCCUUUCUGAGUCCCGAGCAGCGACAAGCAGUUGCAUGGGCCCAGCAUGAGGGGAAGGAAAGCCCAGAACAGCAGGGUCGAAGCACAGCCUGGGGACUCCAGGACUGGUUGCAACUCUCCUGGGCCCUGGCAUUGACCAUAUGCUUCCUUGGCCAACUGCUCUGA